AUGCGUUUCUACAAAACUGCAAGCAUCAGGGCAGAAUGUAGACGAGAAGUAACCGUUUCUGCCCCUGAAGAGGAUACUAAUCCAGAAACAGAAGUCAUCCUAGUGACGUCAUCAUCGUGGAGUUCCUUUGUCGUUGCCAUGACCAUCAUCGGAAUUAUACUUCUUCUAGUUGUGAUAUGCCUCGCGUCAGCUGUUUGUUAUAUUGUGUUUUGUCAAAACAAAAAGAAUGUGACAAAUAUCUACGAAGUAGUAAGAAGAUCUAGAAAUUCUUUAGAAAGAGGCUACGAGAGGUUUAGCGCAUUUAUUCGCGGUCAGAACCAAUGUAUCGAUUCUACUAAGCCAGGCCCAUCUCAAACAGUGCCGAUGGAAGCAGUAACGCCGAUUACACUACAUAUGAAUGACAAAGUAGUGGUUGAUAAUGAUGAAGAUGCUGAAUAUUGGACGAUCUGUGACGUAAAUGGCGAAGGAGUGACGUCAUUUCUUCGUGAUGACGCCAUCAAUCAUAACAUACCAUUGGAAAUGAGGAAAACGACGGCACAGUAUGAUCCACCGAAAAUAAUUUCAAAACUUUCUGGUUCACUAAGCCAUGGCGGAAUCUCAAACAAAGCAAAAAAUCCCUUAGUGCCACCUACAGGAGAUAGUAUGCGCAGUUCAAGUGAAAAAGAGCUGAAAAAAAGAGUAAGUUGUCCGGGAUAUGAUUGGAAAACAAAAGCUCGACUAUCUGCUUUCCUUGAUGAUGAGCCUUCGCACUCCAAAAGUUGCGACGGUGACAAACAAUCGUUUGAUGACAUCAUCAAUGAAAUAUCGACAUUGCGUCGUGAUUUGUCAUUUAUUACUUCACGAACCAAGUCAGAAUUUUUGCCUAAAGAAGAAAGUGCGUUACAUACUAUGUAUGCCGACAGAUCAUCUUCGUCAGACGAGUCAGUGAACCUAUACACUUCAGUUUCCCUAGCAAACUCGCAACAAGAGCCGAUACCAAUGUAUUCUCCACGUUUAUCAAUAACUGAAUCUCCUUUUAAAAAGAUUUUGCCGCCUAAAAGUCCUAUUGUGCCGUCACAGGUGUGCAACGUAACGUCAUUAACUCAAAAAUCGCCUGCUAUAAGUGUGUUGCACCCUAGAGAAAGAAGAUUCGGUCUGAUAAGAGGAAGAGAGGAUCAUAACUUGGGGAAAAUUGUGAUAGACACGACUAAAGCCAAACCAGAACAUAUAAACACCGAAGCCAGGAUUGCUAGACCCCAUCAUUCGUCGUUUGAUCCAUAUUAUAAAUAAAAAUGUGUUGUGAUAUAAGUAAUUUUCAUCAAUUUUAAGAUUUUUUUUCCAAAUAAAAAUAUAUAUCUUACAUUAUAAUAAAGCCGUACAAUUUUUUAUUAUUUAAAUAGGUGUUAUUUGUUCUCUAUAAAUUUUCAUAAAUUCAUUAUGAUUAUUGAUUCAAUAAAAGCAUCGUUGUAAACGACAGGUUCUUAAAUAUCACUUAUAUACUUAUAGAUUCGAUGUCAUAUGCAUAUACCGCCAAUACUAUAUGUAGGCUAUAUAUAACCAUUUGGAUGUAUCAGCCAUUCAAGUAAUGUACAUAAAGUGCGAAUGCCUUAUGCAUAUAUAGUCCAAGAACAAAUACACACAAAUUUUAUGCUCUGGUCGACGAAAAAAGAACGAAUCCUAUUUACUUAAUUACUACAAUUUAUGCUCAGGCAAUCUAUAUCAUAACAUCUCCACGUCCAAUUACACUUACAAUAACAAAAACUAAACGUUUAGACUUGAAACUUCAAAGAAAUCACGGCAUUAAUGCCGUCUAUUAUUAUAUUGUAGAAAAUAUAACAUUAAUAUGGCCACACAAAUUUUAUAUGGUCUACAUAGGCCAGCUAUAUUAUAAUAUCUGUACUUAUGUCUCAUUACAACGUAAAGUUGUAGGAAAAGAAAAAUAUAAAAAAUUUGCCGCGGUGGUUGAAUUCUUCAUCGCGUUAUCUAAUUGAUAUUUCACGUCUAUAUCAGGGCUUUAAAUGUUUA